AUGGUUGCAGCCCGAAUGAUCGUGGCCAUAGAGAACCCCCAGGACAUCAUCGUGGCCUCCCAGCGACCGUAUGGUUCCCGUGCAGUGCUGAAGUUCUCUCAGUAUACGGGGGCCAACCCUUUAGCGGGACGAUGGACUCCCGGCACCUUGACCAACCAGAUCACGCAGAAGUAUUUAGAGCCCCGGCUGCUGAUUGUGACCGACCCCCGCACUGAUAGCCAGGCAAUCAAGGAGGCCUCCUAUGCCAGCAUCCCCGUGAUCGCGUUGUGUGACACGGACUCCCCGUUGGAGAACGUGGAUGUGGCCAUCCCGGCCAACAACAAGGGAGCCUUUGGACAUUUGAAGGUCCAACUGAUUCCUCAAGUGACAAAGCAACAUGUGGAGACCAUGGCCGCCUUGGUUUUUGCCAAGAAAAGUGGAGAAAAUAUCGAUGCACAGAAUUGA